AUGCACCGUACGUAUUCACUCCGCGCUACCCGUGCUCCUUCUGCUCAGGAUUUGCAGAACCCUCCCCCUCCCGUCUCCUCCACCAAGGCUGGUCGUUUCUUUGGCCGUGGCUCUUUGACCCACUCCAUUCGUCGCUCCACCGCCGGCUCUUUUGGCCCCGAGCUUGCUCGCCGUCUUGCCGUCCUUGUCAAGAUGGAGAAGAACGUUAUGCGCUCCAUGGAGCUCGUUGCCAACGAGCGCAAGGAGGUUGCUAAGCAACUCUCCUACUGGGGUGAGGAGUCCGAUGACGAUGAUGUCUCGGACGUCACUGAUAAGCUUGGUGUUCUUCUGUACGAGAUGGGCGAGCUCGAGGAUCAGUCCAUUGACAAGUACGACCAGUACCGUGUCACCCUCAAGUCUAUCCGUAACAUUGAGGCCUCCGUUCAGCCCUCUCGUGACCGCAAGCAGAAGAUCACCGAUCAGAUUGCUCACCUCAAGUAUAAGGAGCCCAAUUCCCCCAAGAUUGUUGUUUUGGAGCAGGAGCUUGUCCGUGCUGAGGCCGAGUCUCUCGUUGCUGAGGCUCAGCUCUCCAACAUCACCCGCGAGAAGUUCAAGGCUGCCUACAACUACUUGUUUGACUCUAUUCGUGAGCACUGCGAGAAGCAGGCUUUGAUUGCUGGUUACAGCAAGGCCCUUCUCGAGCUCCUCGACGACACCCCCGUUACUCCUGGUGAGAUCCGCCCCGCCUACGACGGCUACGAUGCCUCCAAGCAGAUCAUCAUGGACUGCGAGAGCGCCCUUCGUGACUGGACCAUUGACCAGGCCACCGUCAAGCCCACUUUGUCUAUCCGCCGCACUGAUGCCGGCUACGUUGACGAGAACGGUGAGGACUGGGAUGCUACCAAGGAACACGAUACUCAUGCCAAGGAGGACGAGCCCCAGCACGCUUAA